AUGAACAGAGGCAGCUCCUUUGCAAAAAGCCCGAGGGAAGAUAGCCGGAAAUCAGAGAACUCCAAGGCUUUCAAGGAUAUUUCCAAAUACUUCUCUAAGGAAGAAUGGGCAAAUAUGGGAUACUCGGAGAAACUCACCUGUGUGUAUAUGAAGAGAAACUGCGACACCAUCACUCAUCUAGGUCUCAAGGCUACCCUACCAACUUUCAUGUGUCCUAAAAAACGAGCCACAAAAUCCAAUAGGCGUGAUUCUAAAGAUUGGAGCCCCAGGGAUCAGAAAUUCCCUGAUACUGCAGGAGGCUCUCUGCAGUUUGGGAAUAUUUAUCAACAAAGAAAAAUUCUGAUUUGUCACCUUCUUUUAGAUGAACCUACUCAGGGGGCUUCCAACGUGCAAGAGAAAAAACACCUGAAGGUGAUGCCCAAGAAGUCCGAAAAGAAAAAAGAUCAUUCGAAGUUAGUCCCAGCAACAUCAGGCUCAGAGCAGGCUCAGAAACAGCUGUGCACCCUGGGAAAAGCAAGUGCCUCUGCUCCGAAGAGUAAGGAAACAUCAGGACCCAAGGAAAGGGAGAUUAAUAUCUGGGACUGCAGACUACGGGAAAGAAAGAACCUGGUGGCCUAUGAAGAGAUCAGUGAUCCUGAGGAAGAGAAUUAACUCUCCUCAGGGAUGUGACAAGUGCCCAUGAUGAGAAGCAGAACCUGGUGGCCUUUCAGAACAUGGGCAUGGCUGUGAACUCCUGGCCAUCAGGUGUAUAGCAAGUGAAAGAAAGAGUUCACAGCAGUGAAAAGUUAAACAUG